UUUAGUGGCCGAUCUUAGACUCUUAACUUAAGCUUCGGCGCCAUCGCUACAGUCAGGAAAACAUUUGAGUGCUUGCCAGCUGGUUUUAAGUUUCGAAGUGAUGAAGAGAGCAAGGGAUCAUGCCAAAUAUCAGGAUGGGCGGUCCAAUCACAAGUAUGCAUGAUGCAUUGUAUGCCAAUCAAAGCCUCCCCAAGUAUAUGACAGCCCAUAAUUUUGUAACUGUUCAACAGGAGGCGAAUUAAGGAUUCGGAUGUGAAAACAAAUGAACAAUCAUUGUGCACCACAGAAAGAAAGUUUGGGCUCUGUUUAAAAAGCGUUGUCGAUGGACAGCACGUCCAUUAUAACGCAAGUUAAUAAGGACGAUGAGUCGGCAGAAGUGAGCCCCUACACACAAAACAAACUCCCUUCAUCAGUCUCCAAAAAGCCAAGGAAUCGGAACAUAUUUUCCUCUUUUUUCUGCUGUUUUGGCGCCCAGUCUGCUGCUGCUACUGCUGCUGGAGGCCCAUACAGAACUGCAGUCACCCACACAAAUCACAACCAUAACCACAACCACAAUGAAAAUUCGCUUAGUAUCUCUACUGAAGAAAAAGAGCCCAAGCCUUGUAAAUAUCUACUACCUGCUGUCAGACAUCAGGAUAUGCACAAAAAAUGCAUUGUUAUAGACCUUGAUGAAACAUUGGUCCACAGUUCAUUUAAGCCUGUCCAUAAUGCAGAUUUCAUAGUUCCUGUGGAGAUUGAUGGGACAGUUCAUCAGGUCUAUGUGUUAAAGAGGCCUCACGUUGAUGAGUUUCUUCGCAGAGUUGGGGAGUUGUUUGAAUGCGUUCUAUUCACUGCUAGCUUAUCAAAGUAUGCUGACCCAGUUGCUGACUUGCUGGACAAGCAUAAAUCUUUUCGAGCCAGGCUCUUUAGAGAGUCUUGUGUGUUUCAUAGAGGAAAUUAUGUGAAGGAUCUUAGUAAACUAGGAAGGGAUUUAAAAAAGGUCCUUAUUGUGGACAACUCACCAGCAUCAUACAGUUUCCAUCCAGAGAAUGCAAUUCCAGUUGCGUCAUGGUUUGACGACUUUUCAGACAUGGAGCUUUUAGAAUUAAUUCCCUUCCUUGAAUCAAUAAGUGAAGCUGAUGAUGUCUGUGCAUAUUUGAGAAAUGCAAACAUGAACAUCCUAAAAGGAAGAUGUAAUUCCUUGGAACUCAACACCAGUAGCUGAAUUUCAAGUACACCUGAGAUUUGUAAUUAAAGCAUUUUACAAUUUUUUUCUGUAACAUAUCCACAUAUGAAAGUUCUGAAAUUCAAUAUUUUAUCAAAAAAUUAAGUGACACAGAUCAAUGUUAUUCUCCUUACCUCUCCUGAUUUGGGCAGAAGUCAUUUAGUUUACCUUGUUCACAAAAUUUUAGGUACCCUUGUUUGUCUCAUAAAAAUUUGGAUCAUUUUUAUCAUUCCAUUUGCAAAGGUAUUUGGUCUUUUAAUUUAAAAGUGACCAGUCUGAAAGGCUUAACCAUACCAACUUCUAACCCUUUAACUCCGGAGAUCUGAUUGUGAAUUCUCCUUUCUUUUCUCUUCAAGUUUCCUUAUACAAUUGUUGGGGUAAUUUGGUGUUUGAUCAAGAUAUCAACUUCUGUAUAAAUUUGAGUAUUCUCAUCACCUGAUUGCAGGAUAAUGUAUG